GCAUAUGUGAGUGCUUUCUACUUUGACAGAGAAUAGUAUAUUCCAAAAAGGGGAAUUCCCUUCAUGCAACACGUUGUUGACAUUAAUUUGUUGGCGUGGGUGCAGGUCACUCGGGUGAAAAAGUUUCUGGAAGUUUUACAGAACAGAAGACAUGGCAGGGACAGGUGCUGUGCUUCAUGACAUCGUCAAGCCCCUGGGGUGGUUGUUGGGGAAGUGGAGAUCGGACGAUGGCAAGGGAAAAUACCCAACCAUGAAAGACUUCAAGUAUGGAGAAGAGGUGGAGUUUUCCCAUGUUGGACAACCAAAUUUACAGUUCAGUGCUUACUCUUGGCAUUCAGACACCAAGCAGCCUCUCCAUAGAGAACUUGGAUUUGUUCGUAUCAAGCCAGGCACAAACCAAGUGGCCUUUGUACUUGCUCAAAAUAUAGGACUGUGUGAGAUUGAAGAAGGGGAGGUAACUGGGGAAUCUCUGAAGACAACCUCACAUACUCUAGGAAGACUGACAUUUGGGAAGCCACCCCAGACAAAACAGAUAAUAAGAGAAUUCAAAAGAUCUGGUGACAGCCUUGUACAAGUUGUUUCCAUGGCAACAGAAAAGACUGCUAUGACAGAGCAUCUGCGUAUAGAGUACAAGAAGAUUUAAGGAGUAAUUAAUUCGCAUUCUGAUUUAUUCAUGCGGGUAUGUGUUUUAUAUACAAUUUAUUCAGAACAAAGUAUUUCUAUAGACAAAAAAGUGGCAUUGGUUUCUUAUUUUAUAUCUUUUUGUAGAUUUUUUGCUUUUGCAUUCAGACUGGUCUUAUAAACUUAAUAAAAUCAAUAUUGGGUAA